UGUCACAUCAUGCCCCUGUGGGUGCCAUCACAGUGUCAUUGUAUAAGUACUGAGCUGUCCGCCAUGAGACACCAGUAUCACAACUUACAAGGCUGACCAUAAAACUCACGGAUCACUCAUCGAAACUUCAAUAUGGCGGCCAAGAACCAGUCAGGACAGCCUUCCUAUGAGCCUCUUCCCAGAGAGGACCCCGCAGCUGCGCUGCUGUCACCAUCUGAGCGGGAGGAUAGAGACAAUGGAAAGACGCCCGUAUUCAGACUCGCUUUCUCGCCUAUUAUGUUGUUACGAUUGAUGAUUGUCCCUAUCGUCAUCACCGAUGUAGUUUUUAUCUGCAUGCCCCAGGCCUCCCCAGGAUCAGCCGCCGCGUUCGCGAUGGGUGGAAUUUUCUUGGUUAUGUGGCAUGCGUCCCGCGUCUUCAAGAGCCUCCUCCCCGGCAGGAAGAGCAACAAGUUCGACCUCAAGAUCGGAAACUUUUUCUGCACCAUUGGCACGACUUCGCUCGCCUCACGCACAAGCCGUGGAGCCUGGACUUAUCUUGUCAGCGCUAUCGACUUUUCUUUCGGUCUUUUCUUCAUCGGGCCCAGUGUUCUGUCCUUCAUUACAUAUAACUGGUAUCAUCACGCAAAUGUUUCGGGUCUGAGUCUUACUGUUGUGAUCAUGCAGUCGGCCAUUGCUGUCCUCAACCUGAUCAGUCUUUUCCGCAAGAUGAAGAUCGUUGUCUACAGGGGCGAGGACGAGCAGGACUACCUGUACUCGAUUCCCGACCUCGAUGUCUUCCGAGACGAAGUUUCUGAGCCCCGCGACUCGAUGGCUUCUGAGGUCUGAAAGACCAAAUCGGAACUUUGCUAAAGAAACCCACUACCUGCCCUUCUAUCUCUUUCGUCUGAGGAUAGCAUCUAGUACAAAAGACUGGGGCCAGGAAGACCAUGGAUUAGCCCGUUACGGUAAUGUUCUGAGAACAA